AUGGCCCAACCAUCAGCUCUCCCAGCUGGUUCUAAGCUCUGGUUUCUCGAUCUAGGAAUCCUUGAUAUCGACGCCUCGUACGUUUUAUCAGGGGCCAACGUUCCCCUCCACGGCACAGAGCCUCAAACCAAUGAGACCCGACCAUGCCUCAUGAUCGCAGGUCUACUCUACCACCCAGACGUGGGUCUCAUUCUGUUCGAUACUGGGUCCCGCGAGGAUGUGAUCAAGUCAUGGGACAAAGAAUUUCUGGAAUGUGCACCUCGGAUUUGGGACAAGGGUAUCCACUCUCUUCCAGCCGCUAUUAAAGCCACCGGCGCAGGUGAAAUUAGUGAUGUCAAGGCUGUCAUAUUGAGUCACUUGCAUCUCGACCAUGCCGGAGGUUUAGAGCACUUCUUUGGAACUGAUGUGGAAAUCUGGUGUCAUGAAGCUGAACUCAAGAAUGCCUUUUGGUCGUGUGCAACUGGAAUCGACAGUGGUUUAUUUCUGUCAGAUUACUUACGAGCAGAUCUGUUGAACUGGAAGACUGUCUCGGAGCAGAAUGUAACCCUCUGGAGGGGAGUUACUGUACAUAGAUGUCCGGGACAUACGGAAGGAUCGCUUGUUCUUGAGCUCACGUUUCGGAGUUCCGGUAGCGUUGUCCUGACCGGUGAUCUAUUCCAUGUGAAGGAAAAUUAUGAGGAUGGAAGACCGACGGGAUUUCUCAUGCGGGACUAUUCCGAGUGGUUUCGAAGCAGAGACUACGUAAGGAGACUGGUGCAACGGACGAAUGCAAGGGUUUGUUUAGGCCAUGAAAGGAGUUAUUUUGAAAUGUUUGAGAAAAGCCCCAAGUAUUUGGAAUGA